AUGCCUCCCAAGUCCGGAAAGAAGACUGCUCCCCUCCCUUACCCUCAGGGCAAGGCUGGUGCUAGCAAGAAGGGCCCCAAGAACCCUCUCAUCGAGAAGCGCCCCCGCAACUUCGGUAUUGGCCAGGACAUCCAGCCCAAGCGCAACCUGUCCCGCUUCGUUAAGUGGCCCGAGUAUGUCCGUCUGCAGCGCCAGAAGAAGAUCUUGAACCUCCGUCUCAAGGUCCCUCCUUCGAUCGCUCAGUUCCAGAACACCCUGGACCGCAACACCGCUGCCCAGACCUUCAAGCUCCUCAACAAGUACCGCCCUGAGACCAAGGUCGAGAAGAAGGAGCGUCUCCACGCCGAGGCCACCGCCGUCUCCGAGGGCAAGAAGAAGGAGGAUGUCUCCAAGAAGCCCUACCACGUCAAGUACGGUCUGAACCACGUUGUCGGUCUCGUUGAGAACAAGAAGGCUUCUCUCGUCCUCAUCGCCCACGACGUUGAUCCCAUUGAGCUGGUUGUCUUCCUUCCCGCUCUCUGCCGCAAGAUGGGUGUCCCCUACGCCAUCGUCAAGGGCAAGGCCCGUCUCGGUACCGUUGUCCACAAGAAGACCUCCGCUGUUCUCGCUCUCACCGAGACCCGCUCCGAGGACAAGGCUGAGUUCUCCAAGCUCCUCUCCGCCAUCAAGGAGGGCUACACCGACAAGUACGAGGACUCCCGCCGCCACUGGGGUGGUGGUAUCAUGGGUGCCAAGGCUGUCGCCCGCCAGGAGAAGAAGCGCAAGGCCAUUGAGGGUGCCAUCCGUGUCUAA